AUGGAUUCAGAAGCUUCUUGUUUCAGAAUUUUGAUGUUUCCAUGGCUAGCUCAUGGGCACAUAUUCCCAUAUCUCGAGCUUGCCAGAAGAAUCUCGAAGAAGAAGAAGUUCCACAUACACUUGUGUUCAACCGCCGUUAAUUUCAAUUCAAUCAAUUCCUUCAUCGAAAAGAACUCACUACAAAACUCCAUUGAAACAGUAGAGCUCCAUCUGCAAUCUGAUCUUCCUCCACACUACCACACGACGAAGAAUCUCCCAUCGAAUCUCAUUCUCACCCUCCUCAAAUCCUUCCAGACAGCAAAACCCAGCUUCUCCGACACGAUCGCCGCCCUGAAACCCGAUCUGGUCAUCUACGACAUCUUCCAGCCAUGGGCAGCCCGAAUCGCUUCGUCGCGAGGAAUCCCCGCCGUUCAUUUCGCCGCUUUUGCAGCGGCAACAAUGGCGUUCGUCCACCACCACUACGCUUCUCCGGGCGGCGAUUUUCCUUUCCCGGAAUUGUGUCUGCUGGACCACGAGAAGAGGAGUAUAGAUUCUCUGAUUCAGUUCUUGUACACAGACGUCUUCGAAGAAGAUAAAGAAGUUAUUUUUCAGAAUUAUCGACUGUCUUCUGAGUUUGUUAUGCUAAAAACCAGUGAAGGAUUUGAAGGGAAGUAUAUAGACUAUGUUUCUGAUGUGUGCCGGAGAAAAAUAUUGCCAGUUGGUCCACUCGUCACAGGUGUUUGUGAAAAUGCCGAAGAGAACAACUCAGAUGUAAUGAAAUGGCUAAGCAAGAAAGAGCAUCAUUCAACUGUUUACAUCUCUUUCGGGAGUGAGUACUUCUUGUCCGAAGAAGAGAUUGAUGAAAUAGCCAAAGGGCUCGAGCUUUGCGACGAACGAGUUAACUUUAUAUGGGUCGUCAGAUUCCCGGUCGGAGAAAAGACAAUCACCAUUGAAGAGAGGCUUCCUCGGGGAUUUCUCAACAGGGUGGAAGGCAGGGGAAUGGUUGUUUCUGGAUGGGCUCCACAGGCUAAUAUAUUAGCGCAUCCUAGUACAGGCGCAUUCGUAAGCCACUGCGGGUGGAGUUCUUUAACCGAGAGCAUAUAUUACGGAGUUCCGGUUAUAGGAAUGCCGAAGAAACUCAACAUGUUUAUCGAUGCAAGAAUGUUGGUUGGUGCUGGCGCGUGUGUGGAGGUUCCUUCGGAAGAAAACGGAGUAUUUAAGGGAGAAAAUAUUGCGAAUGUGAUACGUAAAGUGAUAUUGGAAGAGAGAAUUGGACAAGGGUUGAGGCUUAGAUCUCGAGAAUUGAGUGAGAAGAUGAGAAUCGAAGAGGAGCAAUUGAUCGACGAAACGGCUGAGCAACUAUGGCAACUGUGUUUAAAGAACAAGGGCAAACACUAA